CUCCCGCCUCGCCCCGCCGGCCGCGAUGGACCCCUGACCCGAACCAUGUUUGGACUGAAGCCGCCGCUGUGCUACUUGCCAGGCAUGAGCCAUGAGCCCAAGUCCCCCUCACUAGGGAUGCUCUCGACCGCCACCCGGACCACCGCCGCCGUCAGCCCCCUCACCCCGUCGCCGCUCAAUGGCGCGCUGGUGCCCGGCGGCAGCCCUGCCAGCAGCUGCGCCCUCUCGCAGGCUGCGCCCUCGUCCAGCUUCGCCGCCGCGCUGCGCAAGCUCGCCAAGCAGGCCGAGGAGCCCCGAGGGUCGUCGCUGAGCAGUGAGUCGUCCCCCGUGUCGUCCCCGGCCACCAACCACAGCUCGCCGGCCAGCACGCCCAAACGCGCACCCAUGGGCCCCAUCAUCGUGCCCCCUGGGGGCCACAGCGUCCCCAGCACGCCCCCCGUGGUCACCAUCGCCCCGACCAAGACCGUCAACGGCGUGUGGAGGAGUGAGAGCCGGCAGGAUGCGGCCUCCCGGGGUGGCGGCAGCGCGCGCGAGCGCCUCAUCGUGGAGCCCCCCCUGCCCCAGGAGAAGGCGGGCGCCCCGGCCAUCCCCUCCCACCUGCUCAGCACCCCCUACCCCUUCGGCCUGUCCCCCAGCUCUGUGGUGCCAGACGCCCGCUUCCCUCCGCUCAGCCUGCAGCGCCCGGUGCCUCACGUGGUGCCGCCCAGCACGGUGACGGAGGAUUACCUGCGCAGCUUCCGGCCCUACCACACCGCCGAGGACCUGCGGGUGUCCUCGCUGCCGCCGCUGGGCCUGGACCCGGCCGCCUACUACCACCCCGGCUACCUGGCGCCUCACCCCUUCCCGCACCCGGCCUUCAGGGUGGAAGACUCCUACUGCCUGUCGGCCCUGCGCUCCCCGUUCUACCCCGUGCCCACGCCGGGCUCCCUGCCCCCCCUGCACCCGUCGGCCAUGCACCUGCACCUCUCGGGGCUCCGCUACCCGCCCGAGCUGGCCCACUCGUCCCUGGCGGCUCUGCACUCGGAGCGCAUGUCCACCCUCAGCAGCGAGCGGCUGCAGCUGGACGAGGAGCUACGGCGGGAGCGGGAGCGCGAAGCCGACCGGGAGCGCGAGCGGGAACGGGAGAAGGAGCGCGAACGGGAACGGGAGAAGGAGCGUGAGCGGGAGAAGGAGCGUGAACGCGAGCGGGAGCGGGAGAAGGAGCUGGAGCGGGAGCGCGAGCGGGAGCGGGAGCGCGCCCGCGAGAAGGAGCUGCUGGUGGCCAAGAGCCUGGAGCCCGCCUUCCUGCCCGCGGCCGAGCUGCACGGGCUCCGCCACGCCGCCGAGGAGCGCGCCAAGCCCGCCGAGCGCCUGACGCCCACCCGAGCAGAGAAGCUGAAGGAGGUGUGCCUGGCGGUGCCCAAGGCCGGCCCGCAGCCCCUGCACCCGCUGCCCGCCCCGCACCACGCGGUGCCCGGCCUGCUGUCGGGCCACGGGCUCUUCUCGCUGCCGGCCAGCAGCGCGGCCGCGGCCCUGCUCAUCCAGCGCACCAACGAGGAGGAGAAGUGGCUGGCGCGGCAGCGGCGGCUGCGGCAGGAGAAGGAGGACCGGCAGACGCAGGUGUCCGAGUUCCGCCAGCAGGUCCUGGAGCAGCACCUGGACAUGGGCCGCCCGCCGCCGCCCGGCGAGGCCGAGCACAGGCCCGAGAGCGCCAGGCCCGUGUCCAGCCGCCACGAGCCGGGCAGCCGGGACCCCCCGCAGCACUUCGGGGGCCCCCCACCCCUCAUCUCGCCCAAGCCCCAGCACCACCCUGUGACCACGGCCCUCUGGAACCCCGUGUCGCUGAUGGACAGUGCCCUGGAGCCUCGGCGCGGGCCCGACAGCCACCCGCCGCCCGGCCGCCCGGCCGCCGUGCCUCUGGUCAAGGCGGAGCGCGUGCACGGCCCCGAGAAGGCCGACGAGGGGCCCCGGAAGCGCGAGGCCGCCCCCGCGGACAAGUUCCUGCCCCCCGCCCGCGAGGCCGGGAGCCUGGAGCACGCGGCCUUCCCGCCCGGCCCGGGGCCCUUCCUGGCGGAGCUGGAGAAACCCUCGCCCACGACGCUGCUAGGCUCGCCGCGGGCCGCCCUCGCCCAGCCCGGCUCCCCGUACCGGCCCGCCCUGCCCGCCCUGCCCGCCGGGCCCCGGGGCCCCGACCCCGCCUACGUCUACGACGAGUUCCUGCAGCAGCGCCGGCGCCUGGUCAGCAAACUGGACCUGGAGGAGCGGCGGCGGCGGGAGGCCCGGGAGAAAGGCUACUUCUACGACCUGGACGACUCGUACGACGAGAGUGACGAGGAGGAGGUCCGCGUCCACCUGCGCUGCGUGGCCGAGCAGCCGCCCCUCAAGCUGGACACGUCCUCGGAGAAGCUGGAGUUCCUGCAGCUCUUCGGCCUGACCACGCAGCAGCAGAAGGAGGAGCUGCUCAGCCAGAAGCGGCGGAAGCGGCGGCGACUGCUGCGGGAACGGAGCCCGUCGCCCCCCGCCGCCAGGUGCCGGCGCCAGACGCCCUCGCCGCGGCCCGUGCUCUGCACCCGCUACAGCCCCGACGACAUGAACAACGGGCCCAACUUCGAGGAGAAGAAGAAGUUCCUGGCGGCCUUCAGCCUCACCCACAUCAGCGCCGAGAAGAGGAAAGACAAGGAGAGGCUGGAGGAAAUGCUCCGGGCCCUGAAGCAGAAGGCGCUGUCCGCGGCCCUGGACUCGCUCCGGAGCUCCCCGAGGGACCGCGCUGUCUCCCUGAGCGAGCCCGGCACGCAGCCCGCCGCCGUGGACGCCGAGAAGCCCGGGGUCGCCGCCGCCUCCCUGUCUGACAUUCCCAAGGCCACGGAGCCCCUGCGAGCCCCGGACCCCGCUCCCGCCAGCGGCGAGAAGAGCAGGAAGGGCCUGAGCCUGCCGCCCGGCCUCCAGGGCACCGCGCCCCACAGCCUCGACGGCAAGACCAAGCCCUGGGCGCCCUUCGUGGCCGAAGAGUUCGCGCACCAGUUCCACGAGUCGGUGCUGCAGUCCACGCAGAAGGCCCUGCAGAAGCACAAAGGGAGCACGCUGCUGUGUGCAGACCAGCACCAGGUCGAGGCGUCCGUCCACUACAACAUUCCCGAGCUGCAGUCCUCCAGCCGGCUGCCCCUGCCCCAGCACGACGGCCAGCAGGAGCCCGCCGCGCCCAGGAAGGGCCCCCUCCUUGCCCAGGAGCCGGGCCCGGACUCGGGGGAAGAGGACGAGGAGGACGAGGAGGAGGACGACGAGGAGGAAGGGCCCAGGCCCAAGUGGCAGGGCAUCGAGGCUGUGCUCGAGGCCUACCAGGAGCACCUGGAAGAGCAACACGUGGAGCGGCAGGUGCUGCAGACCCAGUGCCGGCGGCUGGAGGCCCAGCACUACAGCCUCAGCGUCGCGGCCGAGCGGCUGUCGCACAGCAUGGCGGAGCUGAGGAGCCAGAAGCAGAAGGUGGUCUCGGAGCGGGAGCGGCUGCAGGCCGAGCUGGACCACCUCCGGAAGUGCCUUGCCUUGCCCGCCCUGCACUGGCCUCGGGGCUACUUCAAGGGGUACCCCAGGUGACGGCUUCCCUUGCACUAGGCGAACCGAUAGCAUAGAAAUAUUAUCUAUUUUAUUACCUUGAAUAUUUAAUAUUUUUCACUGGGAGGUUUGAAGCUU